CUUCACGGGGGUCUCAUUGCAGCAGCAGGAGGAAGGUUCCCUGAGGAAGAGCGCCUUCUGCAUCCGUGUCGCCACUUCCCAAGGGGUGGAGUGUGGCCAAGGAACGCUGACAUCUGUCUUGUCACUCACAGAAGAGCAACUAGGGAAGAUGGACAAAGGGAAUGUGAACGCAUGGGGUGGAGUGCUUGCUCACCUGGAAGCGCUGGAGGUGCAUGUUCAUGAGGCAGCCGUGAAGCAACAGAAAAAGAAGCUGCAAGAAGAGAAGCUCGCCAGGCUGAAAGCGAGAGUGAAGGAGCUGAGACUCCAGAGGGAUGAGCUACAGGCUAAAGUGGAUCUGCAGGAAAAGAAGCAACUUGAGACAGAAGGAGCCACAUCACAUGCAGCACAGGCCAGUCCUAAGGCUGUUUUACAGUGGAAGAUAAAAAGCCUCCAGGCCAUGCUGCAGGUUUUUAACCUCACAGGGAUCAGUGGGAAGCUGACCAGGCAGGGAGUGUGCUUCUGCAUCAGCACGGCUUACGAGGGCACUUACUUGGAUUCUUACUACCUGGACCUGCUGCUCACCAACUCAGAAGUGCAGAUUUACCACCACUCUGUCCCCUGCUUCAUCCCGCUGGAGCAGAUUGCCAAGCAGUACUUGCAGACGGACAUCAGGCGCUUCUUAUCUGUCUUGUCCAACCACCUGAAUGCCUACGUUGGGAGGAGGUACCAAGCAGAACAGUUACAGGAACACUUUUCAGAUCAGAUAAACGGAACCUUGCAGAGAAACUCCUUGUAUAACUUGCUGGUCUUUAAUUACAACGUGUCAAGUAAAAGCAAGACCUUUCCAUUCAACGUGAGGCUGCGUUAUGGUGAUCUCUGUCACAGCCUCCCCACUGAAGUCAUCGUUUCCUGCACACCGGACGCUCCCGCAUCACUAACAGAGACUGCCACAGCUCACUCGGACCUGUUCCGCCGCAUGCCCCUGCACAAAGCCUUCCGCUCCUUCAGCAAUGCAGGAGAAAGCCUGAAUGGGACACCCUAAGCUUCCCUGGUCCCCCAGCUGCCCUGCCUGCGGGAGCUGAUCGCAAAACACUGGUGUUUUCCAUGGACUUCUGCUGGGAACCCCCCAAGUGAGUGAAUCUUGAGAGCGCUGUUUCCUCAAGGCUUUCAAGCUCUGUUGUUGCAGGUAAUCUUCCCCUAGCACUGUGCCGUCGUGUGUCUGAAUGCUGACUGCUGUGGUUGGCACCACAGAUCUUCAUGGCUGCAGGAAACAUCUCACAGCUGGGAUUAGACAUUGUAUUAAAACUCCAGGAUCUCGGUGGUUUGGGGGCAUUGUCCUGCGGAGCAUCAUCACUGCGCACCCCACAAAGAGGGGAGCGAGUGGCAAAAUUGGUGUUCUGCUUAUUAUAGCCAGGAAAGGACUUUGUGUUAGAAGCUG